AGUCUUGUCUUUAAAGUCUAACUUUGAAGUUUGCUGUUCAAAUAUUUAAUAGAAUGUUGAACUUUCGAUUAACUUUACUACUUGCCUCAAUGACCAUUCAAGUCACUUUGUGCUUCAAGUGUGAAUUCCAAAAAGAUAAAUAUAGUACAAUUGAAAAUAUUGAUUGCUGCAACAUCGUCCCAGACUCAAGCGACAUCGCUCAAAACUUUUCAUUAGAAGUCGUUACAGAUGUUGAUUAUAAUGGCACCGAAAUUGGAUCUAUUCAUAUGUCGGAAACAGAAUAUCCAAUUUGUAAGAUGUUUCCAAAUUUAGAACAAAUUUGUAUUAAUGAUGUUAAGUCUGUUGACGAAAAUUUCCUGAAUCACUGCAAAAAAGUUGAUAAACUUACGAUUAUUACAACUGAAAUGGAGGAAUUGCCAGAAAACUUUUUUCAUAAUAAUUUGGAGCUGUAUCGGAUCACUUUAAAGAAUAACAAGCUAAAAACACUUCCUGAAAAUAUUUUCACUCGUCUGAAGGAACUGUUGUCAAUAAAUCUUUCAGAAAAUCAAAUUACAUUCUUGCCAGCAAACAUCUUUAAUUCAUUGCCUAAGCUCGAGAGAUUAUACCUUGAUUACAAUAAAAUUCAAACUUUGCCUCCAAAUUUAUUUGAUGGUUUAUCAAAUUUAGAAGUUUUGGCUUUGGAUCACAACGAAAUCCUAGAUCUACCAAAAAAUAUUUUUACAUCCUUAGUCAAUUUGAAUACUUUAUAUUUGUAUAAUAACAACCUGACUGUCCUCCACUCAGAUUCUUUUGGGAUUCAUAGACAAUUUUCUGAUGUCACCUUGCACAGCAAUAAGUUUGUGGCAAUUGAUGAAAAGUGGUUUGAUAAUACAAAUAUUGAGAAUAUAACAAUGAUUGAUGUGGAAAAUAAUAUAUGUGUUAAUAAAAUAUUUUUUAAUGAAGGGGAAGACUUAAGGGAGGAAUUUAAGACAUGUUUUGAAAAUUAUCGACCACGAGAAGAAUGAAGUUAUGAGAUUUUUGAAUCUGGACGAUCCUAGAACCUCCCUCCCCCCUCCCCUUCCCUGUAAAAAGCAAAU